AAAAGAAACGAUGGAAAAUAAAACGACUGGUCUAAUUAAUGAUGCUAUUAAACAUUUAGAAACUCUUAAAACAUCCUUUCAAAAUGAGAUGGAAAACAAGGUUGAAGUACUAUCUGCAAAUUUUGACAACGAAAUCUGCAAAUUAAAACCUCUUGUCAAGAGUCAUGCAUCAAAAACACAUACUUGGUGUCUCAGUCUCACAGGGAUCCAACGAAGAGUGUCUUGUUGAAAGAGAGAGCAUACUUAGAAUAAAGGAGGAAAUCAGAGUCGAAUCUGAUGAAAUUCCUCCCAAUUCUCAAUUUGGAACUUUUCGCUUUACUGUUGACCAUAACUUGCAGAAUUUAACGUCGGAAAUUACAGCCUAUAGAAAUAUUUCUUUGUCACAAGGAAGCAUGAAAAAUGGACGAAUUAAAUUGCUGAAAAAAGAAAAACUUUGCACUGGUGUCUGUAGUGCUGUUUUCAGUCAAAAUAAUAUAUUAAUUUCUUGGUAUAACGAAAGACAAGUCUUAGCUGUAGAUUUUUCUCUGAAUUUAAGGUCUUCAGUAAGCUUAAAUGGAAAUCCAAGAGACAUAACAGUAGAUGAUUUAGGCAGGGUAUUUGUGUCAUUACCAGAUCAGAGAGAAGUAGUAGAAAUUGACAUGAUAACCAAAUCUGUCAAAACGCUAUUUUCAACUGUAGUGAAAUGUUAUGGAAUACUAUGGAUGAAAGAUAAAUUCAUGAUUACGAGUGGUGAUAAAAUUGAAUCAUAUCAUCAUGAUGGAAUAAAACAAAAAGAAAUUCAAACAAAAAACACAUGGCAUAUGUGUUGCAAACAAAACGAGGAAACUCUACUGUAUCCAAAAACAGACACUGUAAUAGAAAAAUCUGAAUUAACAAACGAGAAAAGUCUGUUUAGGCAACCCGGUGCAAAUCUUAGGGGUAUCGAUACAGAUGUUGAAGGUAAUAUCUAUACUGUAGGGACGAACAGCAGAAAGCUAUAUCAACUGUCACCUGAUGGUAGCUUACUACAAGAGGUCAAUUUCGAUGAAUUAUUUAACCUGAAAAGUCUAUGGAAAGUUUGUUUGAAUGAUAAAAACAACAUUGUUGUUACUACGUGUAAUGGAGAUGUUGCUCUGUUUGAAAUAGUUUGUACAUAUAAACCAUAAUAACAUUGUGUAUGGUCAUUUGUUUAAACGUGAAUUGGCAACUGUUAUGCUGAUCAUUGUUAAUCCAAAAUAAUAAUACCUACCAGGAAUAAAUUCAAAUGACGGAUAAUUGGGGCACAAAAGGAUUUACUUGUUUACUUGUAUAUAUUCAAAUAUUUAAUGGUUCAAUUGCUGAAAAUUAUAUAAAUAUAUAAGUAAUAAGGAAUCAUUCUUUGAAUAUUAUAAGGUGAUAAUUUUGGUCGGGGUGUGAUCAAACCUAUGGAUUUUAUCACACCCCGAUCAAAAUUAUUAGCUCAUAAUACUCAAAGAAUGAAUGAUUCCUUAUUCCUUAAAGAAAUACAUAUUUGUCUCGCACUGACCAUGAAAGUAUAACUUCAAACAAAAGUUUAAAAACAUGUCAAUUUUAUAGAUAUGGCAAGAAAUUAGGUCUGCGUUUUAAGGUAAUGGCAAUUUUUAAACACGUUGUCAAGCAAAUUUUUCAUAUGAAUUAACAUUUAAAAUGUUUUUACCAAAAGAUAUGAAUAAGCCUGCAAUAUACAUGCCUUAUGAAAUAGAUAUUUCUAUAUUUAUGUACAGAUUUUGUACAUAUAAAAAACCCGUGUAUUUAUUGAUUUCAAUAAUGUGGUGUACAAGCCCAAUUAGAGUUUCAUA